AUGCCUUCUAACACGGUGAUCAUCUCUCACCCGGCCCCAACUGUGGUCAAAAUUACGCUGAAUCGACCCGACCGCUUAAAUGCGCUCAACACCAGGCUUCUGUGUGACCUUACCAAUGCUUUACGUACCCACGGAGAUGCACAUGUAAUAAUCCUCGAAGGUGCAGGGGACAGGGCCUUCUGUGCCGGCGAAGACCUCAAAGAAACUCUCGCUCCGCGCACGGGAUCUGCAGAGGAACUUCGCAUCGCGUUUGGUCUUCUGCAAGACAUUACCCGGCUGACUUCUUCGUCCUCUGCGAUCGUGGUGGCCGCCGUACAGGGAUAUGCAGUUGGUGGCGGAGCAGAGAUUGCCCUGGCAGCAGACUUCGUCGUUGGCGGCCCGAAUGCGAAGUUCCGAUUCCCUGAAGUGACGCUCGGCCAUGCUGUCACCGGGGGAAUCUCGCUGCGAUUGUCUCACAUGGUGGGUUUGCUGAAGGCCAAAGAGCUUCUAAUCUGUGGUCGAACCAUCGGGGCCCAAGAGGCACUGGGCAUUGGUCUACUCAGCGAGACCGCGGAGGAUCCGAAAGCACGGGCCGAGGAGCUGGCAUUGGAGCUGGCGAGACUGCCGACAGCUGCAGCAUCCAGCCUCAAAAUGUCACUGGAACGAGGUGUUUUCCCUAACAUGGAAUCGGCGCUACAUGACGAGGUGAACGCAGCUAGUUACUGCUUCGCUCGAACGGAGGCUGCAGAUGCCUUCAAGAAGUUCGCCGACAGAAAGCAGAUACAGCCCAAAGUUCGGGAUAUCAAUACUGCACUCAAUACAGCUGCCCAGAAAUAUCCCACCAAGGUCUUCAUUCGAUGUCAGGGCCAAGAUGUCACAUUCCAGGACUUUGAUUGCAGUGUGGCGGCUCUCGCCAGCGGGCUUCGCAGGUCGGGAGUCCAAGCAGGCAACCGGGUGCUCGUCAUGAUGAAAAAUAGCCUCGAGAUGGUUCAUACCUGGAUGGCCACCAACCGGCUUGGUGCAGUGUGGGUCCCGGUAAACACAGAUUGGCGGUCGUUGACAUUGAAGAGCGCGGUCGCUGCAGCGGAAGCAACACUUGCGGUUGUGGAUAGGCAGUAUGUCAACCUGAUCGAAGGAACGGGUACAUUCAAGCGCGAUUCAAUCUGGAUUCUCGGGAGCGGCAAUUCCCAAGACUUGUCCAAGCUCUAUCUCAACGAAGCACCCCUAGAGGAAGUCUUUACCGCGACACCGGCCACUAUCUCUGCCUUCUUGUAUACUAGCGGGACGACAGGCAAAUCCAAGCCAUGCAUCCUAUCGCACGAGUACUUUAUCAUUCAGGCUACGCUCCUGAUAGAAAGUUGCAAGUUGCGAACAGAUGACGUGCUCUACUGUCCGUUCCCGCUAUUCCACGCAGAUGCGACAGCACUCACUGUCAUCCCGGCAAUUUUACUUGGCGCAACCGCUGCUCUCUCUCCCCGAUUCACGGCAAGUCGGUUCUGGGACGAGAUAAGGGAGAUGCAGGCGACGGUGUACGAUUUCAUGGGCGCAACAUUAGCCCUAAUCUACAAGCAGCCACCAAGCCCGCGGGACCGGGAUCAUCUAGUUCGACUUGCCUGGGGCGUUCCGAUCCCAACUUUUGCAGAGGACUACGAAAAGCGAUUCGGUCACCCGCUCCGUACACUAUAUGGGAGUGUUGAGGCCAGUGUUCCAAUAGUGCAAGGAGAAGGCCCUCUGCCUCUAGGAUCCUGCGGCGUCCUGCGCCCGGGAUACCAGCUACGCAUUGCGGACCGGGAAGACGAGCCUCUGCCUCUCAAUACACCGGGCCAGUUACUGCUGCGCAGUGAGAAUCCCAAUGCGUUUUUCCAGGGCUAUUUCAAUGACCCGGUCAAUACGGUCAAGACCUAUGCCAAUAUGUGGCUCCAUACGGGGGACAUCGCGAAGGUGGAUGAGCGCGGAAAUGUUUUCUUCCUCGGCCGUAUCAAGGAUAUCAUUCGGCGACGUGGAGAGAAUAUCAAUGCCUCGGAGGUGGAAGAGGAGUUUCUACAGCAUCCGGAUGUUGUCAUUGCUGCUGCAUUUGCAAUUCCUAGCGCGUUGGGAGUGGGAACAGAAGAUGAUCUUAAGGUUGCGGUGAGGUUGCGCAGUGGUAGUACGCUGGAUGAAGAUGCUUUGUGGCAAUGGUCGCAGGAGCAUAUGGCGCGACAGCAAGUGCCUACUGCCAUUGAGAUUGUGGAGGAGCUGAAACAAACGCCGACUGGGAAAUUUGACAAGAGCUCGUUGACACCAGAGGGUGGAAAGAGGUUUACCAGACCUUUGACCAGACUGUAA